AUGCCACGCUCCUUCCUGGUCAAGAAACAUUUCAAUUCAUCCAAAAAGCCGAACUACAGCGAGCUGGACACUCAUACAGUGAUUAUAUCCCCAUACCUGUAUGAAAGCUAUCCAGUCCCUAUCAUACCACAACCAGAGAUCCUGAGCUCAGUAGCUUACAAUCCCAUUACCGUGUGGACUACAACCGGGCUGCUACCAUCUCCAUUACCCAGCGACCUCUCUCCGCUUUCUGGAUACCCCUCGUCUUUGGGAAGAGUCAGCCCACCUCCGCCUUCUGACACCUCCUCCAAAGAUCACAGUGGUUCAGAAAGUCCCAUUAGUGAUGAAGAAGAGAGAAUCCAGUCCAAGCUUUCAGACCCCCAUGCAAUCGAAGCUGAAAAGUUUCAGUGCAGUUUAUGCAACAAGACCUAUUCAACUUUCUCUGGGUUGGCCAAACACAAGCAGCUGCACUGUGAUGCCCAGUCUAGGAAAUCAUUCAGCUGCAAGUACUGUGACAAGGAGUAUGUCAGUCUGGGAGCACUUAAGAUGCACAUCAGGACCCACACACUACCUUGUGUCUGCAAGAUCUGCGGCAAGGCUUUCUCCAGACCCUGGCUACUUCAAGGACACAUUAGAACUCACACUGGGGAGAAGCCGUUUUCCUGUCCUCACUGCAACAGGGCUUUUGCAGACAGAUCCAAUCUGAGGGCUCAUCUGCAGACCCACUCAGAUGUGAAGAAAUACCAGUGCAAAAAUUGCUCCAAAACUUUCUCCAGAAUGUCUCUUCUGCACAAACAUGAGGAAUCUGGCUGCUGUGUAGCGCACUGA